CCCCUAUUUCUUCAUCAUUUAAAGUAUAUAAUUAAUAUAAGCCCAAAAUGGCCCAAUUGAUCGUUUAAGUGUAACCCUAAAUCACUUUGCUAUAUAUAGACGCAGUGCCACAAACAUCUUGACUUGUAAAUUUCAUUAUCUCACCGCUCCCUCCCUCCUUUCUUUCUUCCGUUCAUGUUCUUGUCUUUUCAGCUAUGAAAGACAUAACACAAUGCACAUCUGGUUGUUACACUGCAUAAUUCUCUGCCAGCACCAUUUCCGUCGUUCUCCGCCCUUCAUCGUCGACACCGUGCGAUUCCCGAAGUUCCAAUGACGUCUUCUAAGAGGCCUAAUGCGGGGCCGAAUGGGAGAGGGAAACGCCGGAGAUCUUCUGGCGGUUUUUCGUCGUUGGGUGUUUCUCCGGGGAGCGUUGUGUUCCGUUUGCUCUGUCAUGCUUCUAGAAUUGGCGGUGUUAUUGGCAAAGGUGGUUCCAUCAUAUCGCAAAUUCGCCAAGAAACUGGCGUGAAACUUAGGAUCGAGGAAGCUGUUCCCGGGUGUGAUGAAAGGGUUAUCACUAUCUCAGGUUCUGAAAAAGAGACUGAAGAAGAUAACACUGAACAGGGAAAGGAGGUUAAUGAUAAUGAUGAUGGUGGAAGCGAGGGGAAGGAUCGGGAGGAGAAGGAUGAUGGCGAUGGUAAUGAAGAUAAAAGAGAAAAAGAUGCCGUUCCCGUUGAAGAUUCAAAGAGCGAGAAGGGGAAUUCGGCUAUUUGGAAGGCUAUAUCACUAGUUUUUGAGAGGAUGGUUGAGGGAGUAGAGGAGACAACUGAAGGAGAUGAAGAAAGUAAUAAACCUUCUUCCUUUUUUUUGAGGCUACUUAUUCUUACUGCUCAAGUUGGUUGUGUUCUAGGAAAGGGUGGUAGUGUGAUAAAGAGAAUGGCAGCUGAGAGUGGUGCACAGAUUCGGAUCCUUCCUAAAGACAAGCUUCCAGCGUGUGCAUCGGCUUCUGAUGAGAUAGUUCAGAUCUCAGGAAGUGUAGAAGUUGUCAGGAAAGCUCUUCAAUCUGUUUCUCAACAACUUUUGGAAAAUCCGCCUCGGGAUCAUGAUUCCCUGUCCGCCAAGUCUACUGGGCCGUCGUCUCAUUCAUUUGGGCAAUUCCCACCACACAACCGUUCUUUUUCUGCUCAAGGAGAACCUUUUGCUAGUGGUCCUCAUGAUAUUUCUGCUUUUCAUUCUGCCGCUCCUCUGAUUCCCAAGUUUCAUGAAGCUGCCAUCCACGGUCGCAUGAGGCCUUUACAAGAAAUGCUUACUUUUCGUUUAUUGUGUCCUGCGGAGAGGGUAGGAAAUAUAAUUGGCAAAGGUGGAGCAAUCAUAAAGACCGUGCAGCAAGAGACAGCAAGUGAGAUCAAGGUUUUAGAAGCCCCUCCAGAUUCAGAGGACUGUGUUAUUGUUAUAUCUGGUCCAGCGCACCCAGAGGAUAGAAUAUCCCCUGUGCAAGAGGCUGUAUUUCGUGUGCAAACUAGAAUAGCCAAGCCUAUACCUGAUGCCAAAGACCAUAUUAUGUUAGCAAGGUUUCUGGUUUCUUCCACUCAAAUAGGUUGUCUUCUUGGCAAGGGUGGUUCCAUCAUUACUGAAAUGAGGAAGAAAUCAGGGGCCCAUAUCCGUAUAUUAGGAAAGGAUAAGGUUCCAAAGUGUGCUUCAGAGGAUGAAGAAGUAAUUCAGGUGAAUGGAGAAAUUGAGGCAGUGCAUGAUGCUCUCUUGCAAAUAACCACUAGAUUAAAACAUCAUUGCUUUCGCGAUUCAUAUCCAUCUGUCAAUUAUCCUUCAAAUUCUCCAUUUCUGGAUCAACUUCCUCCAUUCCCACCUUAUUUAGGAAGAAGGGGACUUUCACCUCCUAGGAUGUAUUCUGACCUUGGUCAUCCACAUCCACACGCGGGCUUUCCUCUUGAUGAUCGCCCUCCUUUCUUGAAUAGUAUACAUAGACCAGGCCUUCCUCCUCACAUAUCUGAAAGGAAGCCUUGGGGUCCACAGGGGAUACUUGAAGGUGGCAUACCCAUUGGCUUGCCAGACUUUCCAGGAGGUCCUCCUAGAAGAAUUUCAGGAUUUGCAGGGGGGAGCCAACCAAUUAUCACAAGUACCACUGUUGAAGUUGUUGUUCCUCGAGCAGUGGUGCCUGUAAUAUAUGGGGAAGAUGGUGAAUGCCUAAAACAAAUACUUCAGAUUUCUGAUGCAAACAUUACUAUUACUGAUCCAAAGCCUGGAACUGUGGAAACUAAAAUUAUAAUAUCUGGAACCCCUGAGCAAACUCAUGCUGCCCAAAGUCUUAUUCAGGCAUUUGUCAUGAGUGAGAGGGAGUCAGUUUGAUCACUCUAUUUGGGUAAUACACUAAUACAUUUGUUUCUUUAGUCUGGCAGUUGUAAUUGAGUUUUUUUUGCUUAAUUUUCUCCGCGUUGCAAUUUUUUGUAGGCAUGUGGUAUAAAUUGUAAAAUGUUAUCCUAUAGAAAUACCACUACACCCCAGCUUUGCUUUUAUGUGCAUUUAUUUGGUAUGCUUUUAUACAUCCCUAUGUUUGAUAGAUUUUCAUUGUGUCCGAGAUCAGUACUGUUUUGAGGCUUGUAGAAGAUAAACAGUCAAAAGGGCUUCCAACGUCUCUUGUAUCUUUAACUCAAGCAAGUUGGUGUAUGCUUUACUCCUCUUCUUUGAGAUGUAAGAAUAUUAAUCAUCUGGUUCUUCCUUGCA